AAAUUUCAUAUUUUUAACGACCUUAUACCAUUGGCUUUUCCUUUUCUCCAUUGCCAUAAAAAUGGUGGAGAUCACAGAAGCUUUCGCCGGCAGCGACGCCGCCGAAGCGACUCCACUGUUAUCGAAUCUAAAACCUAACCCGAAUCCGAACCCGCCAAACCGGACUAGAUCCGUAAAGACGAAGGUCCCGGAGGUGGAGGUCCACCUGUACCGACGUGGCAAGGGUCCCAUCGACGUAUUCAAGGCAAACCUUGGUGGGUGGGACCAGGAUCAGCUUGAUGUUAGGGAAUUUCUCGACAAAUACGGGUUCAAAUCGGUUUAUGCAUUCAAGCCGGAAACGGGUCGGGGCGUUCCGAUCCGGUUUAAUCCACGUAAUGGAAGAUCGAUUAUUACUUAUCGAGAUGGAUCCACCAUUUACAUUGAUGGAGAACCUAAGGACUCGUUGGUGAAACCUAUAACCAGAAUACUGGUCGGGGUUGCUGUUGUUGCCAUACUUAUAGUAUCACUGGUGAUAAGAGACCCUCCAGCGUGGGCGAAAAAGUUUAAUCUCUCUGAUGGUCGUGUCCCUCCAUGGCUUCUGGCUUGUGCAUUUGUUGCCUUCACGCGUAUGAGGAAGAGAACUAGAGAUUUCAUGGAAAGUCGUCGAAAAUAAGCUGGUGUUUGGCACUGGUAAUUCAAUUUUCUCAAAAUUUUGUGCAGGCCCCUUCAUUGUCUCUUGCCUUCUCUACUUUUUACUGUAUUCACAUAUAACAAAAUCAAUUCUAAUAUUAUAACUCCGCGAUCAUGAAGGUAUAUAUCCAUUCCUUUUUCUCAAUGUGUUUGGAGAGUUUUCGCUAUGGCUAUGAAUCUUGAAUUUCAUAUGGCAAA